CUGAAACAAUCAUCUUUCAUAUCUCUCUUAAUUUUAUCUUUAGCACUUGAGAUCAUUAAUUAGCCAGUAUGGCUAGACAAAGUCACCUUUUGGUCUCAAGAAUUGGCAUUAUUGGAGCUGGUGUGAGCGGUUUAGCUGUGCUUAAGCAGCUAUCCCACCACAAUCCGCUAGUAUUUGAGUCUAGUAAUUCUCUUGGUGGAGUAUGGAAAAGUUGCUCCUAUCAUUCCACCAAACUUCAGUCCUGUCGUGCAGAUUAUGAGUUCUCUGAUUUCCCUUGGCCUAAUAGAGAUGACCCAAGUUUUCCUUCUCAUCUUGAGAUUCUGGAUUACUUGUCGUCUUAUGCUCAGUGUUUUGACCUUUUCAAGCAUAUUAGGUUCAAUUCUAAGGUGGUGGAGGUCAGGUUCGUCGGUGACAGGGAACCUGCCGAUUGUAAUGGAACGUAUGGAGAGUAUGGAAGCCUACUUCCCGGUCAUCCAGUUUGGGAGGUGGCUGUGCAAACCAAUGAUUCAGACACUGUUCAGUGGUACGGAUUCGAAUUUCUUAUAAUAUGCAUCGGAAAAUAUGGUGAUAUACCAAAGAUUCCUGAAUUUCCUCACAAUAAAGGCCCGGAAAUAUUUAAAGGAAAGGUUAUGCACCCUCUGGAUUACUGUAAACUUGAGAAGGAAGCUGCUUCAGAGCUUCUGAAAGGAAAGAAGGUGGUGGUUGUUGGGUUCAAAAAAUCAGCCAUCGAUUUAGCACUGGAGUGUGCUGAGGCCAACCAAGGUCCAGAUUGGCAGCCGUGUACCAUGGUGGUAAGGACCUUACACUGGACUGUACCUCAUUACUGGGUGUGGGGCUUGCCAUUUUUCUUGUUCUUUUCCACAAGAUCUUCUCAAUUUAUCCACGAAAGACCUAACCAAAGCCUCCUCAAGGCCCUGCUUUGCCUGCUUUUAUCUCCAAUGAGACAUCUAGUUUCCAAGUUCAUAGAGUCCUAUCUGCUCUACAAACUUCCUCUGCAGAAGUACGGAUUAAAACCCGAUCAUCCUUUCGUUGAAGAUUAUGCUUCAUGCCAGAUGGCCUUAAUGCCAGAAAAUUUCUUCUCCGAGGCUGACAAAGGCAAGAUUCUGUUCAAAAGAGCAUUUAAAUGGUGGUUCACUAAGGAAGGACUUGAAUUUGAAGAUAAUACUAGAUUGGAGGCUGACGUUGUGAUGCUUGCAACUGGUUACGAUGGAAUGAAAAAGCUAAAAAAAAUCAUGCCAGAGCCUUUUUGCAGUUUGUUAGAGUAUCCUGCUGGUGUCAUGCCCUUAUACAGAGGAACAAUUCAUCCACUUAUCCCAAACAUGGCUCUUUUGGGAUACAUAGAAAGUGUUUCAAACCUUCACACAGCAGAACUACGAAGCAUGUGGCUGGCAAGGCUACUUGACAAUCGAUUUAAGCUUCCAACUGUGGAGAAGAUGCUUGAACAAGUUUCUAAGGAGAUCGAAGCUAUGAAGAGGACAACAAGGUUUUACAAGAAAAAACAUUGCAUCUCCACUUUUAGCAUCAACCACAGCGACGAAAUCUGUGAAGAAAUGGGGUGGAGUUCUUGGAGGAAAAAGAAUUUCCUGGCGGAAGCAUUUAGCCCAUAUGGCACUCAGGACUAUCGGCAGGUGUAAUAGCCUAACAAGUACAUCAAUAUCCAGUGCCAUUCUUUAUGUUCAAACAUAAUAAGCACAUUAGUGCGCAUCUCGGGGUUUUUGUAUGAAAGAAAAAUAAGGAAAUAGUAGUUGAAAAGUAAAUCAACUUAUCAUGUAUAGGAUAUGAAAUCCAAAUGUUCAAUAAACUGUAUUAUUCAUCUAAGAGAAAGUGUAAUCCUUUUUGGUACUUUGAAGUCAUCCAGAAAUCAGAGACAAUGACAGGUGUUUUUAA